AUGGCUCCGACCGUGCAAAACGGUGCGAACGGAGCGGAUAAGCGUCCCGUUCGUCAGCAAGAGCGCAGGUCGGAGCUCAUUUCCCGUGUGAAAUACUGCAACACACUGCCGGAUAUUCCGUUUGAUCUGAAGUUUAUUACCUAUCCGUUUGAAAAUGACCGCUUCAUCCAGUACAACCCGACCUCGCUGGAACGUAACUAUCGCUACGAAGUGCUUACCGAACACGAUCUGGGUGUCACAAUCGAUCUGAUCAACCGGGAUCUGUACCAAAUCGACCAUACGGCCCAGCUGGAUCCAGCCGAUGAGAAGCUGCUCGAGGAAGACAUUCACACGCCGCAAGACUCGAUGCGCAGCAGCCGGCAUGCGAAGAGUGUGUCUUGGUUGCGAAAAUCGGAGUACAUCUCCACCGAGCAGACGCGCUUCAAUCCGCAAACGAUGGAAAAGGUGGAAGCGAAGGUCGGUUUCAAUGUGAAGAAAAGCUUGCGCGAAGAAACGCUUUACAUGGACCGCGAGGCGCAAGUCAAGGCCAUCGAGAAGACGUUCGACGACAACACGAAGACCAUCACGACGCACUACAGCAAACCGGGUGUUACACCGGUCGAGGUUAUGCCCGUCUUUCCGGACUUUGCCAACUGGAAGUAUCCGUGUGCGCAGGUCAUUUUCGAUUCGGAUCCCGCACCAAGCGGCAAGAACGUUCCGGCUCAGAUCGAGGAAAUGUCGCAGGCCAUGAUCCGUGGUGUGAUGGACGAAAGUGGCGAGCAGUUCGUGGCCUACUUCCUCCCGACGGAAGACACGCUCGAGAAGCGGCGACGCGAUCUGGUCAACGAAACGCUGUACGAGGAUGAGGAAGAGUACGAGUACAAGAUGGCCCGCGAGUACAACUGGAAUGUGAAGAGCAAGGCCUCGAAGGGCUACGAAGAAAACUAUUACCUCGUGCUGCGACAGGAUGGUAUCUACUAUAACGAGCUGGAAACGCGGGUCCGGCUGAGCAAACGUCGGCAGAAAAAUGCUCAGCAACAGAGCAACACGAAGCUGGUCGUAAAGCAUCGUCCUUUGAAUGCUUCUGAGCAUCGCAUGCAACGCUAUCGCGAGCGGCAGCUCGAACCACCGGGCGAAGAAGAUGAUGAGGACAUCGAGGAGGAAGAAGAGGAGGAGGAGGAUGAGGAGGAAGCGCAAGGAAGUCAGGCGCAGGCAGGCGAGGGCAAAGGCGAAGCCGGUCAGAACGAGGAUAAAACAAAGCGAGACGAUCGCGAUCGAAGCCGUUCACGUUCCAGAUCGCAGGGAUCGAACCGUUCUGGAUCUUCCCGUUCCAGAUCAAGAUCGGGCACCAGAUCUCAGUCGAGAUCAGUUUCGAGAAGUCGCAGCCGGUCAAAGUCGAGAAGCCGUAGUCGCAGCGGUUCUGGCAGUCGUAGCCGCAGCGGAUCUAGAAGUCGCUCGCCUACUCGCAGUAAUAGCCGCAGCGUGUCUCGUUCCCGUUCUCGCUCAGGAUCACGACGUGGAUCAGCAUCGCGUUCCCGUUCACGGUCCGUGUCUCGCUCGCGAUCCAGGUCUCGCUCACGCUCCGGAUCACGUUCCGAUUCUGGCUCUCGUAGUCGCUCCCGCACUCCGGGCGGUGGAGGUUCGCGCAGUGGAUCGGCCAGUCGCUCGGGUAGUGAAUCCGAAUAA